AAAAACAGAAAAAAACAAGGAGAAAACGCAAUUGAGCACCUUAUCGAUUUCACCGGCUGCAAACUGAAUCCCCCAGGAUACGGAUAAUGGAGGUUUCCACCGAUCCGUACGAGCAGAAGCUGUAUCAAAUGUUCCGCAGCUGCGAGACGCAAUGUGGACUUCUGGACGAGAAAUCGCUGCUAAAACUAUGCUCCUUGCUGGAACUCCGGGAUCAAGGAUCCGCAUUGAUAGCCAGCCUGGGCGGCGGUCAACAGCUGGGCGUUUCCUUUGGCCAGUUUAAGGAGGCCCUGCUCAACUUUCUGGGAUCCGAAUUCGAUGGCACGACGUCAUCGGGUUUUAUGGAGCGUUCGUUGGUUAUCACAGAUGAGCCACUGGCCAGCACAUAUAUUGAAAGUCCGCCGGAGUCUUCCGAUCGCGAAGUGUCGCCGAAACUAAUUGUGGGCACCAAAAAAUACGGACGCCGUUCCAGGCCACAUCAGGGAAUCUACGAGUUGUCCGUCACAGAUUCGGAUAAUACGGAUGAGGAUCAGCUUCAGCAGCAGAAGCAACGGAGUCUCAACGGUUGCGAUGACCUGGGAGUUCAGGUCCAGCGUUCUUCAUCCCAGAGUGAUCUUCCUGGCAGCCGGCGACUGCGUACUGUCCACACCAGCGGAAACAAGCUGAAGAGAUGUGCUUCGCUGCCAGCACGUAGGAAUCUGCAAUCCAAGAUGCACAACACCUCCACGGGAGCGGCGACAUCGCCGACGGCAGCUGCCAAGUUGAAACAGCUUUCCAUCCAAAGCCAGACCCAGCACAGCAGCAGCGUGGAAUCCCUAGGCCAUCACCUGGCCACCACCAAUUCCGCACCGUCGUCCGAGCACCGGAGAUGCUACCACGGCGGCCGUUGGUCAUGUUGCAAAGACACCGUGACGCCUCAACAGCUGGAAACGCUCUCUGUUCAGUGCAUCAUCGAAGCCUGGGAACUGGCUAGUAUUCCCAAUAGUCGCACCCUGCUCCAUGUCCUUGGAUUCGAUGAGGAAGAGGAAGUUAAUCUGCAACAGCUUACCAAGGCUUUAGAGGAAGAGUUCCGCGGACUCGAAGGGGAUCAGGAGCAGUCUAGUAUGUUGCGUGCCCUGGCCGCCCUGCAAGCCACGGAGUUGGGUAACUACCGACUGGCCUAUCGGCAACAGCACGAGGAGAACCUUAAGCUGAGAGCUGAUAAUAAGGCGGCUAACCAAAGGGUUGCUCUGUUGGCUGUGGAAGUGGAUGAGCGGCAUGCCUCGCUGGAGGACAGCUCCAAGAAGCAGGUGCAACAGUUGGAACAACGACAUGCCAGCAUGGUGAGGGAACUUACCUUGCGGAUGAGCAAUGAUCGCGAUCAUUGGACUAGCAUGACGGGAAAACUGGAAGCUCAGCUGAAAUCCCUAGAGCAGGAAGAGAUCCGCCUUAAAACAGAGCUCGAACUGGUGCGCACAGAGAACUCCGAGUUGGAGUCAGAGCAGCAAAAGGCCCACAUCCAACUUACAGAGCUCCUCGAGCAGAAUAUAAAGCUCAACCAGGAACUAGCCCAAAGGCCUAGCAGCAUUGGUGGUACUCCCGAGCACAGUCCAAUGCAUCCAAGAAGGCACAGCGAGGAUAAGGAAGAGGAAAUGCUGCAGCUGAUGGAGAAGUUGGCUGCCCUGCAAAUGGAGAACGCCCAGCUGCGUGACAAGACUGAUGAACUGACCAUCGAAAUCGAGAGCUUAAAUGUGGAAUUGAUCCGUUCGAAAACCAAGGGAAAGAAGCAGGAGAAACUGGAAGAGCAGGAGGCGGCUUCCACGGCCAUCAAAAGGCGUGGUGACUCGCCGAGCAAAACUCAUCUCACAGAGGAGAGCCCUCGCCUGGGAAAGCAGCGAAAGUGCACUGAGGGCGAGCAGAGUGAUGCCAGCAAUAGUGGAGAUUGGUUGGCCCUGAACUCCGAGCUCCAAAGAAGUCAAAGCCAAGAUGAGGAACUAACCAGCCUCAGGCAACGAGUGGCUGAAUUGGAGAAGGAACUCAAGGCCGCCAAGGAAGGCAGAUCUCUUACUCCGGAAAGCAGAUCCAAAGAACUGGAAUCCAGUCUUGAGCAAAUGCAGCGAGCCUAUGAGGAUUGCGAGGAUUACUGGCAAUCCAAACUCAGCGAAGAGCGGCAGAUGUUUGAGAAGGAGCGGCAGAUCUAUGAGGAUGAGCAGCACGAGAGUGAUAAGAAAUUCACCGAGCUGAUGGAGAAGGUGCGCGAGUACGAGGAGCAGUUCAGCAAGGAUGGUCGUCUGUCGCCCAUCGAUGAGCGUGAUAUGCUGGAGCAGCAGUACGUUGCUCUGGAGGAAGAGGCAGCCCAACUCCGAACGAGUUCUAUUCAAAUGCUCGAGGAGAAGGCUCAGGAAAUUGAUUCGCUGCAAUCAGAGAUCGAGGACCUGCGACUGAGAUUGGGUGAGAGUGUGGAGAUCCUCACUGGUGCCUGUGAACUCACUACGGAAUCGGUGGCUCAAAUGAGUGCCGAGGCUGGAAAGAGUCCUGCUAGCUCACCCAUCAGCUACCUCUGGCUACAGAGCACCAUCCAGGAGCCAUCGAAAUCCCUUGCUGACACUAGAGAUGAAGCCACCGCCAGUGCUAUUGAACUCCUGGGAGGCUCACCAUCGCACAAGACAGCCAGCCGCAAUAACCUUACCACUUCGGAGACAUCCAUCUUCAGCACCACACCCUUCGAGACCUCUCCUUCGGGUCCUUCGCCCACAAACAGUGCCUCAGCCGCUAACACCGGUCCAGCUCCUAUUAGCAAACCUAAGCGGGCACAGAGUCCUCAGCAGGCACCAUCCGAGGGAGAGAUCGGCGAUUGUGAAACGUCGUCGACGGCAUCCAAUAAGAGCUUCGAAUCUACCAGUAAAACAUCUUGCCUUAGCCACGAAAAGUGCAGCAGUCCGUCGGCAUUGAAGGAGGAACUGAAGCGUUUAAAGUUCUUCGAACUGUCCCUUAAGGAGCAGAUCAAGGACUUGAGUUUGCAACGAGAUGGUUUGGUUAUGGAACUGCAGCAGUUGCAAGAGGCGAGACCUGUUCUUGAGAAGGCCUAUGCGCGAACUACGCAUCCAACGCUUCAGCAGCGACUGAACCAAUUGGAGCUGCGGAAUCGCCAUCUGCAGAAUGUCAUUAAGCAGCAGCAGCAAUACACCGAGUCCCUGAUGCAGCAAUCCUGGCGGCAGCAUCAAGUGGAGCUCAAUGAACUGCAUAGCCGAAUCGAAGCCCAGGGUGUUAUUAUGGCAGAUCAGACACAGCGUCUGCAGAAUGCCGACAUCCUGGUCAAAGAUCUCUAUGUGGAGAACUCACAUCUGACGGCCACAGUUCAGCGGUUGGAGCAGCAGCGGGCUAGGGUGAAUCUCAUCCACCAGCAGCAGCAACAUCAGCGUCUUGUGGGCGGCGGACUGCCUGGCAUGCCUUAGUUUGCUUAAACGGCAAACGGAUAUAGUUUAUAGUUUAAAGAAAAGAAGAGAAAGACAACCUGAGGAGAGGUGCUCAGCAUCAACAGACAUCGAACAUGCACCUAUAUAUACAUAUAUAUAUCGUUAUGAAAGUUUUAGAAGAUAUGAAACAUCAACUCGGUAGAUUAAGUUUGCAUAAUCGUCGUUGCGUUUUUUGUGAAUGAAUGUGCAUAAAUGUUGUUCGGCACGCGAGCACCGCUGCAAUAACUAAAGUGACUUUGAGCCUAAUGUUGACACGAAUUCAACUUAAACUCACCCACGCGCAAAUGAGGAACAAUCCACACUAGUGUACCAAUUUGUAACACAUCUAGUAAUCGACUAAAAACUUAUAUGAAAGAAGAAAACUAUUUACACAAAACUAAGAGCAGUUCAUUCGAGUAGAACAUAUUGUAUGACCAGAAUUUUCCACAUAUACAUAUACAUACAAUGUUCGUUCAUGUCUCUCACUGCAAUGUUGACCUUACUAAUUGACUACUGAAAUAGUUAUCGUAUAUUAAUUAUAUUAGAAGAAAAACAGUAUUUUAAAUUUGUUAUGCGUCUGAGUAGGCGAGCACGUUUAUCAAUGUUUAUCACGUGCCCAAAAUCAAAUGCAUCGGAAUUGUUGUUAAUUUUAUUGGUAGAGAAAAAGAUAACGAAAAUGAACGUAAAAAAUGAUGAUCUAUGAUAUUAAUAUAUGUUAUAUGUAACGACAAAAGACCUGUAAAGCUGUAACCAUACACACUAAUCUAUGUAUUUAAAUUGCGAUUUAAGUUAGCCAAUACUCUUUAAUAUUGCUUUUGCGAACGCAUCUUUUUGUUAAAACUUUAUUCGUCCCAAUAACUCACUCGAUUUAUAUGUAAAGAUAAAACCUCGUAUUAGUUUAUUACCACUCGAUUCACUUUAUUGUGUGGUGAUCAGUGCUUCAAUCAAUACUUUCGAUCAAAAUAGAAUUACUUUUUAAAAGUAUAUAAAAUUAAAUACAAAAAAAAACCAAAUAUACAAUUAUUUAAAAAAGCAAAAUAU